AUGAGCGCGAACAACGUGCAAGCGCUUUUCGCGUGCUCCCGGUGCUUCUCCAGACAUCCCUUCGAGGACCUCUCACCCGGCCAGCAAUUGUGCAAGGAAUGCAGAGGAGCCUUUCCCGUAGUAAAAUGUACAUACUGCAGAUCGGAAUUCCAGCAAACAAUAAAGGGUAACACAAGCACCAUAUGUAAAAAGUGUGAGCAAAAUGUAAAGUCCUAUGGAAAGCCGUCGGCUUGCGAGUACUGCAAUACUAUUGCUGCAUUUAUUGGUAGUAAGUGUCAACGGUGUACAAAUUCAGAGAAACGCUAUGGACCUCCAGUCACAUGCGAGCAAUGCAAGCAGAAGUGUGCCUUUGAUAGACAGGACGAGGAUAAGAAGGUAGAUGGCAAGUUAUUAUGUUGGCUGUGUACACUGUCAUAUAAACGAGCGUUGGCAAAGACAAAGCAAUCGGAUGCAGAGAGACGAGCGCAUAUGAAAAUGGCGCAGCAGCGGGCCGCGAAGCACAAAGAACAAAAAUUGAAGGGCCAUAAUAAAAGACCCCACAGAGUCGAUGUAACAAAACUGCCACCGCAAUCCGAAGGCGGAGAUACGAACGGUCCCACUCCCGUGAAAGCAGCACGAAUGGCCGGUGUACACGAUCCUCACGAUCCGAACAGCUCGGAUCAUGUAGUAGCGGUCACGCAGCUCAAAGAAACGAUAGCAAAUCUUCAGAAGCAAAUCAACAUAAAAGAGAAUCAGUUAUUAGCAAAAGAUAGACAAAUUACUGAACUGAAGGCGAAGAACUUCACAUCCGAAACAGAAUUGCGUAAUAAGAUGAAAGCGUCAGAGAAAGAGUACGAGGCAAAAAUCUCUAAUAUGCAACAGAAGAUAUCUAGUUUGUUGAGGGAAGUAGCGACAUUAUCGAAAACGUCCAAGCGAGGUGAUAGGGUGGCCGCUACCAAAACGGAGGCUGGGACCAACAGUGGGAGUGGAACAGACAGUCCCGUACCUUGAUAAGAAAAUUGGUUAGCUGUGACAACAUACUCAAAUGUUCGCGUACCCGUAUAAAUCAUGUGAUUAUACAUUAUGCAUAUAGUUAAUUGUUUCCAUUAAUAAUGCGAAAUUGUAUUAUUUUUCUAAUUACUAUAGGAAUUAGAAAAGAUAUAUUAUUCUCUCAACAUGCACUGGAGAAAGAUCAUAUUCGCAUCUCCAUUUAGGGGAGAUCGAUAAUGCAAGUGACAAUUUAUACAGGAUUAUGAACUUAGAGAUAACUUUCUUCCCUUUUACUUUUCUGAUGACUGUCAGAACCACUUUUAUUUUCGUGCGACUUGUUCGAACGGCAACUUUUAUGCCUAGUGAAAUUCGAAUAAACACAAAUUAAGUAUUGUUUUAUGCCUCGAAAUUACUGUGAAAUCAUUGUGGUAGUUUCGAGGAUUGAUUGUACAAUGCAUAUGAAAAUAAUAAGUGGCAACGUAGCCUUUUAUUAUUUAUGAUAAUAAUGAUGUAAAUGACGAUAAAUCAGGAUAUGAUGACUUGUAGAUCAAUUUAUAAUAAAAACUAAAAAAUUGUCCUGUGAGUCCACAUAU